AUGAGCCAGCCAGCCGUGGUGGCCCAAAAGGAAAAGGCGAAGCAAGGGAGUGACCCGCACUACAAUGCGCCCAACUGGGUCAUGCAUGAAUACCGCCUUGAAGGCAAAUUUGCUUAUCAUUAUCUCUCCAGGAGCUCCAAGGAUGAGUGGGUGAUAUCUCGGGUAUUCCAGAAGAGCGGCGCCAGUGGGGGAGCAACCACCAGCGGCGGUGGAUCGAAGAAGGGCCGCCUGAGCUCUGCCAUAACCCUUUACCCAGAGCCCAGCUCUCCCUCCUCGGUCUCACUCCCGCCGCUCCUCGACUUCUCGCCCUACGCAGCCACCGCCGGCAGUGGCUCCUCCGUCAAUCUCACCGACCGUGAAGGCUGCUCGUACGACAGCCCUAUUGCCAGGGAGCACGUGUCCUGUUUCUCCACCAUUGCCGCAGCCGCAGCCUCCGCUGCCGCUUCCAGCUUCAACCUCGCUCCGCCACCGCAAUCGCAUAUCUCUGGCGUAGACCCCUACUCUCGCUACCCCAGAAACGUCGGCGUUUCCGCUUUCCCCAGCCUGAGGUCGUUGCAGGAGAACCUUCAGCUGCCUUUCUUUUUCUCCCAGGCUGCUCCGCAGCCCCCAGUGCUUCACGCUGGCGGCUCAGCCGACCUUGGUGGGUGCAGCUCAGCCGGAACAUGGCCAAUGCCGGACGACCCAAAGGUGGAAGGCGGCGGCGGCGUUCGGAUGGGAAUGGCCGGUCCUACCGAGCUUGAUUGCAUGUGGACCUUCUAAUUAGAGCUUUCCAUUUGUUAGUGUAGUUUUAGUUUUCUUAAAUGUGUAUGUUUUUCUUACGUUAAUGUCUCUCGUUUAUCUGUAAGAACGCGCACUUACGUAGCGGUUUUAUUAUUAAUAUUAUUUCUAUGAUAAUUUUAGGGUUUC